AUGUGCGGCUUCGCCGCUGCAAUAUCCAUCGCCCAAGCCUUCUCGUCCAACGGAGCCGACUCAAGUGUUACCAUAUACGAGCUUCGCGAUGCACCCAGUACAUUUGGCGGCCCAGUGAACCUUACACCGAAAGCGCUGCGCUGCCUCGACAAACUGGGAGUGCUUGAAGAGUUGAAAGCCAUGAGGGCUGGUUGUGAAGUCGACGCAAUCCAGUUGUUUUCGAUGCGUACUGGAAGCCAGCUUGCCACAAUCGACUAUGCCGGGUCAGAAGGGAAGGGGCUAGGUGGGUAUAAGGGGUGGAGGGUUAUGCGAUUUCAGCUUCUUUGUGCUCUGAUAAGAGUUGCUGAACGCCAUCCAAUGGUCACAGUUCAGUAUGGGAAGAGAUUAAGUCGUGUUGAGGAAAUUACUGAUAGUGUUCAUGUGCAUUUCGAGGAUGGUGGGAUGGAUACGGGUGAUAUUGUGCUUGGCUGUGAUGGGAUUCAUUCAGCUGUGAGGAACCUCUUGGUAGAGGCUGAGCGCAAGCCAUUCUACUCUGGAUGGGCGGCCGCAUAUGGGUUUGUUAAGGCGAAAGAAGUAUUGGGUGAGGAAGAGAAGCCGUUCUUCAUCGAUACUGGACUUGUGAUGUCCAGGUAUGGAUCUGCUCUGACAACAUUCUGCGACCAUGACCGGAGCAUGAUCUAUACCGUUCUCCUGAUGGAGAUGGAGGAGCAAGGAUCUCGUGAGGGGUGGAAGAUGAUUGGUAAGGAUCAGGAAAGAGUACGAUAUGAAGGAGCUAGGAGAACCCAGAACUCGCCUAUCCCGAAGGUCGGUCAAAUCAUUCAAGAGGUCAAGAAUUGGACUCUCUAUCCGAUAUAUGUCCUACCUCCGAAUGGUCGAUGGUUUACGGAUCGAGUUUUAUUACUAGGAGAUGCUGCUCAUGCCAUGCCACCUAAAGGGGAAAGUAUCGGUCACGCCUUUGAGGAUGCAAUUAAACUCUCACUUAUACUCUCUCACUUCAUCGAUGAGCCGCCAAAAGUGUCGUUUACAUUCUACGAAAAGCUCCAGCGCAAGAAGUCUGAAGAUCUUUACAAAGUCUCAUCGACCGGGUGGAAGUCUAAACCCGACAUAGGAGGCAUUGGUAGCAUUCUUCUUGAGUGGCUCACACCUUUAUACAUGUGGUGGAUAAGGGCAAGCUCGGAGGAAGAUCUCCUUGCGGAUCCAACAGAUAUUCCUUUUCCUAAUACAUAA